AUGACCAUGAAGACUACCCUGACCUCAAUGCCCCCGGACGAAAUCUUCGAGCUGAACGGCGCCUAUGCUGCGGAAAACAGCCCACGCAAGGUUAAUCUCAGCCUGGGAGCCUACCGCACAAACGACAACCAGCCGUGGCCUCUACCAGUGGUACGGGAAGCCGAGAGACAGCUCUUGGCAGAGACCGACCUCUCUCGGCAUGAGUACACGUCUAUCCAAGGUGAUGUGGCCUUCCUCGAGCUGGCCAGGGACUUGCUCUUUGGCCUGAAGAACCGUUCCGUCUUUUGGGAGAAGCAAGGCGCGACCAAAUCGCGUAUCGCCUCCGUUCAGACCAUCGCAGGUACUGGCGCGAAUCACCUCGGGGCCCUAUUCCUGGCAACGCAUCUGAAGCCCCGAGCCGUCUGGCUCUCGGACCCGUCGUGGGACAAUCACCGGAGAAUCUGGGAGCUGGUUGGCGUUCCCUGCAAGAGUUAUCCUUACUACUCGUCUUCCACGCACUCCGUCGACUUUGCUGGGAUGAUGUCCACGCUCGAAUCUGAAGCGCAAGAGCAGGAUGUCAUUCUUCUGCAGGCCUGCGCCCACAAUCCGACGGGGGUGGACCCCAGCAAAGAGCAAUGGAAAGUCCUGGCAGACUUGGUAAAAGCCAAGCGUCUGUUCCCCUUCUUUGACUCCGCGUACCAGGGUCUCGUGUCUGGGUCCGCCUACAAGGACAGCUGGUCGAUCCGGCACUUCCUAACCGAGAAACCCAACAUCGACUUCUGCGUCGCACAAAGUCUGUCCAAGAACUUUGGUCUGUACGGGCAACGAGUCGGCGCGUUUCAUUAUGUUCUUGGGCAAGGAACGCGGAACCGCCUUGAUGUCAUCAUCAGCAACCUUUGCCAUCUCAUCCGCAGCGAGUAUUCGGUGGCUCCCACCGGUGGCAGUCGUAUCAUUAAGAGGAUACUUUCUGAUCCCGCGUUGAGUGCGCAGUGGAGAAGCAAUCUGAGAACAAUGAGUCAGCGUCUGACAGCCAUGCGACACGCGCUGUACAGUGAGUUGAUGCGGCUUGAAGCCCCAGGCUCGUGGAGGCAUAUCGUUGACCAGAACGGCAUGUUCUGCUACACUGGCCUUACCCCGUCGCAGGUCGAGGUCCUCAAAACCAAAUACCACAUUUACUUCCUGAAGUCUGGCAGAAUAUCGAUCUGUGGCUUGAGCACAAAGAACGUCGUAUAUGUCGCUAGAGCCAUCGACGAAGUCGCGAGAGAUCCUGUGAUAGUGUAA